UCCAGCUCGCCUCUGAUUGGUCAGUUGUGGGAACAGGAAAUAAAACAUUGAUGGUCGCUCCUCUUCGGUCUGUGGAUGCUCUGCUUCCUGUGUCUUCGGCUUUUCUGGCGAAUAACUCCAGUGUUUUUCUGAGGAGGGGGGGGACCCACCAGCUGCCAACAUGUCGAGCAAAAGGGCCAAGGGGAAGAACACCAAGAAGCGUCCUCAGCGCGCCACCUCCAAUGUGUUUGCUAUGUUUGAUCAGUCCCAAAUACAGGAGUUCAAGGAGGCUUUCAACAUGAUCGACCAAAACAGGGACGGUUUUAUUGACAAAGAAGACCUUCAUGACAUGUUGGCCUCAUUAGGUAAGAACCCCACAGAUGAAUACCUGGAGGCCAUGAUGAUUGAAGCACCGGGGCCAAUCAACUUCACCAUGUUUCUGACCAUGUUUGGAGAGAAGCUGAAUGGCACAGAUCCUGAAGAUGUGAUCCGGAACGCUUUUGCCUGCUUCGAUGAGGAAGGCACAGGUGUGAUCCAGGAGGAAUACCUGCGUGAGCUGCUGACUACGAUGGGCGACAGGUUUACAGAUGAAGAAGUGGACGAGCUCUUUCGUGAGGCCCCUAUUGACAAGAAAGGCAACUUCAACUAUGUAGCGUUCACACGUAUUUUAAAGCACGGUGCAAAGGACAAAGACGAUUAGGGACAGAGGCUUCGCUGGAUGAGGUUUACUCUCUACAUGCUGCGUGUUGUUACUGGGUUCCCACUUCUAAGAACAGCUGUAUCAUGUAGUUUGGCUCAUGACAAGGCUUCACUUUGCUGUAGACUUCUGAAGGUCAUUUGUUUAAGCUGCUUUUUGGACCAACCCUUCUCUUAAAGCUCAUUUGCACUUAUGUGAAAAAAAAACACUAAGGGUCUGUAUAAGCUAGUAAAGAUGUAUGUGAAGACCCCCUGGAUAAAGCUAGAAAAUAAACUGUUAUUGUAACUGGUUUGGUUUUAUUGAAAAUGUUUCGCACUCUGACAAUUAAAUUGCCACGUAAAACACC